AUGGCGGACGGCCCGUCAAGGGCGUUGCUGGGCACCGAUGGCGAGUCUCCAGGCUCUUACUCCAGUUGGGUUGUGCUGGGCACUUAUCUUGGCGGCGGGACCGUCCUCUGUGGCUCAUACGUGUGGGGCAUUGCGGUCCUGAUGCGCCAGUAUGGCACCGCCAUGUCGCUCUGGGGCCAUCUCAGUGACCCUGGUUGGGCGUGGUUGAGGUACGGAUAUUACGUGUCAAUGACAGUUUCGGCCAUUGGUUUCUUUCCGAGCCUCGUGUAUGCGGUGCGCAUUUGCAGGUUUCUUCCGAAGAGCAAGGUGAAUGCGAUCUGCGCUUGGCUCCUAGCUUUCUACAUCAGCGAGAUGUUUUGGAUGCCGAUGUGCGUGGCGUACAUCAACUCACCUUCGACACUUAUGUACACAUUGAUCCGGAUAGAUCUCGCCAUGUCCGGCAUAUUGGCUCUAGCUUGGGCGUGUUCGAAGUUAGCCGCCGUGCCGGUGGAGGUCCAGGAGGCAGCAGGAUGUUGCGUUCGAGUCCUAGGCACCGUUGGCACCGCCAUCUUCGCCUUGCACUGCGCGGUCCUAGACGCCAUCGUUUGGCCUCCUUUCUUCAAGUGA